UGGCAACCGCACCGGCAAAGAAGGUCACGUCCUCUCGUCUGUGCAGGAGAAGGUGAUCUCGCCGGGCGUUUGGUCGUUAGGCAUUGCAGCUCGAGCUCGCAGCGAGUAUGGCUUUCGUCUCUCGCAGAUUGGCCAGCACCUUGGCCAGGCACUUCCCGAAGCAAACGUUGAAACUUAAGCCCGCUCACGAAGCGAUAUAUGCGCUCGCAUUACGAAAGCUUUCGACCACGCCAUGUUCCUAUGCAGCCCCCGGUGCGGCCGAGGUUUCCAGCAUCCUCGAGGAACGCAUUCUGGGCCAGAGCUCUACAACUAACCUCGAAGAAACCGGCCGCGUGCUCAGCAUUGGAGACGGCAUCGCCCGCGUCUAUGGCCUCAACAACAUACAAGCCGAAGAGAUGGUGGAAUUUUCCUGCGGGUUGAAAGGUAUGGCCCUUAACUUGGAGCCGGACAACGUGGGUAUCGUCGUGUUCGGCAACGACAAGCAUAUUAAGGAGGGCGACAUUGUGAAGCGUACCGGAGCUAUUGUGGACGUACCGAUCGGUCCCGAACUCCUUGGUCGCGUUGUGGAUGCCCUUGGCAAUCCCAUAGAUGGCAAGGGACCCGUCGCUUGCAAAUCCCGUGCCCGUGUCGGCGUGAAGGCGCCAGGCAUUAUCCCGCGUAUCUCAGUAAGGGAGCCUAUGCUUACAGGAAUCAAAGCAGUAGACAGCUUGGUCCCUAUCGGUCGUGGACAGCGAGAGCUCAUUAUUGGAGACAGGCAAACUGGCAAAACUGCAAUUGCUAUCGAUGCAAUUAUCAACCAGAAGCGUUUCAAUGAUGGCUCGGACGAAAAGAAAAAGCUGUACUGUAUUUACGUUGCCAUUGGACAGAAGAGGAGUACAGUUGCUCAGAUUGUAAAACGGUUGACCCAGACCGAUGCCAUGAAGUACACCAUCAUCGUCGGUGCCACCGCCUCGGACGCCGCUCCUCUUCAGUACCUCGCCCCCUAUUCGGGGUGCGCCAUGGGCGAAUACUUCCGCGACAAAGGCAUGCAUGCCCUCAUCAUCUACGACGAUUUGUCCAAGCAGGCCGUCGCCUACCGUCAAAUGUCUCUGUUGCUGCGACGGCCCCCAGGUCGCGAGGCUUAUCCUGGCGAUGUCUUCUACCUUCACUCCCGUCUCCUUGAGCGAGCAGCCAAGAUGAACGACACCUUCGGCGGCGGCUCUCUGACUGCUUUGCCAGUGAUUGAAACGCAGGCCGGUGAUGUCUCGGCCUACAUUCCCACCAACGUCAUCUCCAUCACCGAUGGCCAGAUUUUCCUUGAAACUGAACUUUUUUACAAGGGUAUUCGGCCGGCUAUCAACGUCGGGUUGUCUGUAAGUCGUGUCGGCUCAGCUGCCCAGACGAAGGCCAUGAAGCAAGUUGCAGGGUCCAUGAAGCUGGAACUUGCCCAAUACCGUGAAGUUGCUGCUUUCGCGCAGUUUGGCUCCGACCUUGAUGCAGCCACACAGCAGCUAUUAAACAGGGGUGUGCGACUCACAGAACUGCUGAAGCAAGGUCAGUACACACCAAUGGCAAUUGAAGACCAGGUCGCAGUCAUCUAUACUGGUGUCCGUGGGUAUCUUGACAAACUCGACCCUGCCAAGAUCAACGACUUUGAGAAGGAGUUCCUUCAGCACAUUCGAAGCCACCACAAGGACGUCCUGGCUACCAUUGCUCAAGAAGGCCACAUCAGUGAAACUACAGAUGCAAAAUUGAAGAGUAUUGUCACCUCAUUCAUGGCUAGCUUCAUAGAAUAAUUUGUAAAUUUCUUGCACUGCCUCAACUGCCCUGCCAACUGUUCUAGUCUAUGUAAAAUGAGUAGAUAUAGACUAGACAUAUUUGUGCAAGAGCUUAAAUUAUCUGCUGUAAUGUCAUGAUGAGAAUAAAUUGGAAAAUGAA